GAUCACAUGCAUGAUGUUUUCCAUGCACUGAAAUUGUGUGCACAGUCUUUACACUUCGGAUUCCAUUCCCUCGGUAGGUCCUGAUUUGUUUUGUCACAGUCAGCCGACCUUGACCAAGCCAGCCAUGCACAAGCCGUAGCUUCCCAUGCUUGCUCUGCUGGCUUUGAUUGCAGACCCUGUGUGGCAGGUGUUGCUGCCAGUCUGCCACAGAGCACAGAGACCACACAGAGAUGGGGCUGAACCUGGCUAGCGCACAGCCAGGCUCCGUGUUUCUCGUCACCAUUACCCACUGCCUGUCACCACUCGUACAAAGGGGGACCUGAGAUGUGUUGCCCUGGGCACUUUGCACAUCACAGCUCCUUCCACGCUCUGAGUCUCUGUCCUGAGACUUUUACUCAGACCUGUUUCAAACGCGAAUAAGCCUCUGGCCCUGAUAACUUUGUGAUUUCCUUACUCCUGGGAACCUUUGAGUUUCUGUGCUCAGACAUUUGUGGAUCUGAAGUGCAGAGAUUUAGACGGUGUCAAGACUCGACGAUGAAGGCGACUGUUCAUUUAUCCCUCACCGGAGGGCUUCUUGGGUAGAAAUGGACGUGACUGAUGACUGUGCUGGGACAACCAGUGCAGGCUUGGGGUGUGGGGCCACCCUUCCUAUGACUGAGUGAGGCAGGCUUGGGGCGUGGGGCCGCCCUUCCUAUGACUGAGUGAGGCAGGCUUGGGGCGUGGGGCCGCCCUUCCUAUGACUGAGUGAGGCAGGCUUGGGGCGUGGGGCCGCCCUUCCUAUGACUGAGUGAGGCAGGCUUGGGGCGUGGGGCCGCCCUUCCUAUGACUGAGUGAGGCAGGCUUGGGGCGUGGGGCCGCCCUUCCUAUGACUGAGUGAGGCAGGCUUGGGGCGUGGGGCCGCCCUUCCUAUGACUGAGUGAGGCAGGCUUGGGGCGUGGGGCCGCCCUUCCUAUGACUGAGUGAGGCAGGCUUGGGGCGUGGGGCCGCCCUUCCUAUGACUGAGUGAGGCAGGCUUGGGGCGUGGGGCCGCCCUUCCUAUGACUGAGUGAGGCAGGCUUGGGGCGUGGGGCCGCCCUUCCUAUGACUGAGUGAGGCAGGCUUGGGGCGUGGGGCUGCCCUUCCUACAACCAAGGGAGGCUCCUCUGGAUUUCUUUGCAUUCUCCGGGAGGUCCUGCCUUUCCCACGCAGUCAGCAUUCUUAUGUAGACGUGCAAAUGCUGCAGGUAACAAACAGGAACACUCAGCGCUACUACAGUGGUGAGAAGUUGUAGAUUUCACCGCCACACUUCCUUGUCUGAGCAGGUUGCCUUUGAUAAGGAUGGUUUGCAUUCCUUCCUUCCUGAGGGGCUGGCAUAGGCAUGCAGUAGUAAAUCACUUGUGUUUUUGAUAUGGAUGAAGAAUGGACAGAUCACCAGCUCCUUGGACAGCUGUGCUUGUCAGGGAAUAUAUUUGAAUUCUGUAUGCUUUUCAGGAAAGGGUUGGCUACCUGUGAGGGUGAAGAAAAAGUAACGCAACAACAUGCGUUAGAAACUUUCUAAAGUGUGCUGGCAUCUGCUCUGAACUGUUACGUGUUCCCUUCAGGGUCAUGAGAGGAGGAAGCUUCCAGAUGGUCGGUCAGUCAAGUCCUGAGCGGACACCCCUGCUCCAUGGUCUUAGAGUGGGGACCGCUGACCGGUGUCGUCCGCAGCCCUCCUAAUGCUCCCGUUCCCCUUUCUUCUAGUGAUAUCCUGUGGAAGCCUGUCCUUCCCCCCCAACGGGAACAAGAUCGGGACGCUGACCGUCUUUGGAGCCACCGCCAUAUUUACCUGCAACACGGGCUACACCCUCGUGGGCUCACACGUCAGAGAGUGCUUGGCCAACGGACUCUGGAGCGGAACCGAAACUCGGUGUCUCGCUGGCCACUGCGGCUCCCCGGACCCUAUCGUGAACGGCCACAUCAGUGGUGACGGCUUCAGUUACAGAGACACGGUGGUCUAUCAGUGCAACCCUGGCUUCCGGCUGGUGGGGACCUCCGUGAGGAUCUGCUUGCAGGACCACAAGUGGUCCGGGCACACUCCUGUCUGCGUCCCCAUCACCUGUGGCCACCCUGGGAACCCGGCCCACGGCCUCACAGACGGCAGCGAGUUCAACCUGAACGACGUGGUCAACUUUACCUGCAACGCGGGCUACUUGCUGCAGGGCGCGUCUCGAGCCCAGUGCCGCAGCGACGGGCAGUGGAGUAGCCCUCUGCCCACCUGCCGAGUGGUGAACUGCUCAGACCCCGGCUUCGUGGACAACGCCGUCCGCCACGGGCAGCGGGGCCUCCCGGAGAGCUUCAAGUAUGGCAUGAGUGUCCUGUUUCACUGCAAAAAGGGGUUUUACCUGCUGGGGUCGUCGGCCCUGACCUGCACGGCGAGCGGCCUGUGGGACCGCUCCCUGCCCAGUUGUUUGGUCAUAUCGUGUGGGCACCCAGGGGUCCCAGCCAACGCCGUGCUGACCGGAGAGAGGUUCACCUACGGGGCCACAGUCCCACUACUCAUGCAGUGGGGGCCGAAGCCUUGUGGGCACAGCACCCGGGUUUGCCAGGAGGACAGUCACUGGAGUGGGGCCCUCCCCCACUGCACAGGUGAGACGUGCCCGUGGGGACCUGGGAACCUGUGUGUGCCCACGGGGACCAACACACGUUAUACACGCCCCUGA